AUGGUGAUCGGCCAGGCUUCUUCCAGCUUUAAGCCAACAAAUGUGGCAUCAUCUUCCCAGCCAAAAAGAGUGAGUCCUAAGCUGGAGCUUAGUCCACAGCAGAUACAGGAGCUACGCCAAGCUUUUGAUCUCUUCGAUACUGAUGCAACGGGGACCAUCGAUGUUAGAGAGCUCAAGGUGGUGACGAGAGCAAUGGGCUUUGAACCAAAGAAAGAAGAGAUUAUGAAGAUGAUAAGUGAAAUUGAUCCAGAAGGUACAGGAAAAAUGAAUUUCAAUGACUUCUUGACUGUGAUGACUCAAAAAAUGUGCAAGAAAGUUUCCAAAGAAGACAUCCUGAAAGCUUUCAAGCUCUUCGAUGAUGAUGAAACUGGGACCAUAUCGUUCGACAAUAUCAAACGUGUAUCCAAUGAGUUGGGUGAGAACAUCACUGAUGAGGAGCUGCAGGAAAUGACUGAUGAAGCUGAUCGAGAUGGAGACGGGGAAGUCAAUGAGGAAGAUUUCCUGCGUAUCAUGAAAAAGACCAGCCAUUACUAAGAGUAUUCUCUCCUGUUGCAAGCACACACAACUAGUUUUAGUGCCUGUUAUUGUGUGAAACCUGGUUUUUGAGAACACAAGUGUUUUUUUCCCCCACUAACCUCCCUGUAUACCUUUAGUAACA